AUGCGUCUAACGUCGCUCAGUAAUGCUGCAAAAAAUCCCUUGUUUCUCUGCAUCCGCACUCUCCCUUUUUGUGCGUCGGCUGGGGGUGCGGCGUCGCUGGAGCGGCUGAAGGAAACAUCGCGGGCUGCAUCUGCGUUGGUGGCAACGCGCUUCUUUUGUCCCGCACUGGUGUGUUGCCGCCGCGCGUACGAGACAGGGGUGCCCACCGCAGCCCCGGUGGAGGUUCCCUCAAUGAUGGAAGAGGAAGCAACAGAGCAACAGCCCGCUCAAGACGUUUGCGUCGUAAAGGCGUUGGACGUCUUUGCAAAGUCGCGUAUACUUAACUACCUGAGCCGCCACCUCCCGGUGAAGGAGGACAACGCACAGAAGGCCUCUCCUUUCGUAAUCACAAAAACGUCAGACAAGGCACUGUAUCAGGCAGAGAUGCUGCUUCCGGUAGAGGCCUUGCUCUCUGGCGUCAUGCAACACACCAAACUGCGGACAGUGGGGUAUGCCCAAAAAGAGAAGGACGCUGUGAUUGCCGCCUGCAUGCAUGCUGAGCGUUGCCUGGAUGUGUUAGGGAUCCCUCUAUUUACAUCCGAUCGACUGCAGCGUAAGCGGGCCGAGGAGGCAAAACGUGAUGGCCGUUUUGCCCCAAUGCCAGGUGAUCCUCUGCAGGAGGUACGUCUCUCUGACCUUCCGUUCCCCGUGUGGUUUAAGGCGGAGGCAGGCGGUGACGCGAGGAGUGCGUCGGCGCAGCAAGCCUCGGAGGCGUCCUACCCAGCGCUGCGCAGCUACCAACCAAACUACCAUACCACGAAAAGACGUUAUAAUGAGUUCUCACAACGUUUUGGGGGUGAUCCUUUUUUGCGUGGAAUGGCCGGGCAACUUGCCUACCUGCAGGCCCGCAUCUUCCGACACAACACGCAGCAGCCAGGAAUGGAGGACGAGGAUGAGGAGGGCGCAUCCAUUACAAUUGACCCGGCGGAGGUGGAGCUCUUGCAGCCCAGUCAUGUCUUGCCAGAUCCUGUUCUCAGGUCCGAUGCAACACCUUUUUCUAAUUGCCCGGCUAUGCUCCUCGCGGUGGUUAACUCCCGCCCGUUAAACGAGCACCGUGUCGCGGGUUUCAUUGACGAAAGUGAAGGUGGCGUCUUUGAUUUGGUUGAGGGCGAGAAGGGCACCUGGUGGAUUCAUGACCAGUUGCCUGGACUUGUCUGCCUCUUUGACCCCUUUGCCGUGAAGCGCAUUGACGGUUUGUACAAGUCUCAGCUUCAGGUGCAGUUUGAUGCUUGUGUCGAGACUUGCGUGGAGGAGGAAUUGACGCAGGUGGAUAUAGGCUUCAGUCCAAACUGCAAAAAAUACUUGAAGUGGUACACCGCAACUGCCCCUGUUCCACACUACCCCGCGCUGCGCGCUGUGGGGAAGGCGCUGAGUAUUGAGCACGCCGUCUCGCUCUGCGCAAUGCAUGCGGAAUUGCUGUUGGGCUUCCUUGGCAUCCCACUGUCACCCAACGUGGUGGAGCAGACGAAACACUACGAUGCGUGCCUGCGGCAUGGUCGCCUGGUGUCGCCACUACCGCGGGAGUUGGAUGACGAGGCGCGAUCGUUGUUGCCAAAGCCACUGAAGCAAUGGCACCGCAUCAAAAAGACACGAAAGCGGGGAGCCCCAUUGAGUGUGUCAGAGAAACUGGUGGCGUUGAAUCGCCGCGUCGUUGCGGACCUUCGCCAACACCUCAUUGAGGUUGACAUCUGCGCGCAGCCUGUGUAUCAGCAGCUGUUGGAGUCGUCUGUGUCGGCUGUGCGGCAGUUUAUGGUGGAGCAGAGGCACCCCUACGAGUCGGCCUACGUCAACUACGUCUACGCUGAGAAUGCUCAGUUUCGGUGCAGCAUUUAUUUGCCGCUCCCAGAGGUGUAUGGUGUGCGUGGUGGCAGUGCCAUUGGUGCAACCCCGGAGACCGCACGCAAGCUUGCCGCACUAAAUGCAGUUGACACGUUGUGUGCCCUCAACGUCCCCGUGACACAAAACAAGGAAAAGAUGGAGCAGCUGUUAGCGUUGCGAAGGCAGUUUGGCCUGAUACUUCCACGUGAUUCGGGGGGUGCUCGUGAAGAUCACCACAUCUCUGUUCACAUCCGCUCCCCGCCGGCGUAUCGUGAGGCACCGGGGUGCUCAACCACGCGAAUUCCGCCGCACCAGGAUGUGUGGAACCUCAUCAUGGCCGACGCCUCCGACUUUGACAUCGUAAAGGACGUCGAACCGGAGAACUGCUACAAGUUGGGUUUCCCCGACACGGGCACAAUACUCCGGGCCCUAUUUCAGACGUAUCUGCAGACGGUGGGCUGGGCGAGGGGCGAGCAGUGGUCGUACAUGAAGCACUACCAGGGCUCUCAGCAUUGGAACGGUCGUCUGCGUAUUCCCUGCAACAACUACUGGAUGGAGCUCCCCCUGGACGAGAAGAAAUACGGCCGUCGCAUUGCCCUGGGACGCUGCGUCUUUCGCAAAGGGGCCGAGAAGGCGUUUUUAAUUCACACCUUCCGCAUUCUUCACGCACUGCACCUCGCCCCGUGGGACAUGUACUCGGACGCCACCCUGCUGGGGUUUCUUCGCCAUUCCCAGAAGGCAAACAUUGCACGCGAGAGGCGGUGGUGGGCAUUUGUGGCUAGUGAAUUCCUGACGUUGCCCGCCGAGGGAGGAGCCACAGCAACGCAAGGCUCCUCUGAGGUGCGGGACGCCGAGGUGUUUAUUCCAGUAGGUGCCGAUCUGAAGCAAAUUCUUUCCCCCAAUCCUGUGAUGACACACGAGCUGGCGAAGAAAACAUUUGUAUAA